GGCCCUGGUGCACAGAUUCGCCGCGCGAACCCAUACACUAUGGUGGUUGGUUAGGUGGGCGGGUGGUUGGUUGGUGGUUGGUAUCCAUACUCUCCGUGUCUGUUGGUAUCUGGUUGGGUAGCCUGUGGCGGUGCGAGAUUGUGUUGGUCAAAGCGUAGGGUAUUGUGUGGCGUUGGGGGUGUUACGCUUUCUGGCAAAGAAGUUUCAGUUGAUAUAAUUAAGUGGCGUUCUCGUAAGUAUUGUUUUGGUGAUUUAUUGAGGACGUAAUGGUUUCAAAAAAGAAAAGGCCUCCUCCUGCAAUUGAAGCAAGUGAUACAAUUCCAAAGAAAAGUAAACCUUCAGAAGCUGCUGGGACAAGCAGUGGAACAAGUGCUGUAUCAACGUCAAAAACUCCCAAACGAGGUGGAGGAAACGCUGCUAAGAAUAAAAUCAAAACAGAGGAGGAUGCAGACAGCAAACCAGUUGCAACUGAUGGUUGCCCAACCAAAAACACCAAACGAGGCGGUGGAAGCACCACAAAGUCUAAAGUCAAGCAGGAAGAUGAUGCACAACCAGAACAAGAGGAGGAAGAUGCCCCAGAAAAUAAUCAAUGUAGCAGUGAUUUCCCAGAUUGGACUCCAAAUGACUUGCUAGAAUUGAUGAAAAGAAUGGAACGUGCCAUUCCUGCCAGUGACAUGUUAACAUAUCAAUCACGGCUACAGAAACUGGACUGGGAUAUGGUAAGUUUUGGGUGUCGGUCUGCACAAGAGUGCAAAGACACAUGGAUGAAAGUGCAAGCACGGGUGCGAAAGUUCAGAUUAUUGAGGGAAUUAAUUGAAGAUGGGAAAGCAUGGGCAGCAGAACCAUGGACUCACUUUUAUAGGAGCCGGAAGCAGAAUAGACAUCCAGACAUGCCUCGGCGGCCUCUUUCUUCUUACAUGCUAUUCUAUUUAGCAACAAAGGACAAAGUGGCAAAGGAACAUCCUGGUCUUGAGAUGACUGAGAUCUCCAAGUACAUAGCUGAUAUGUAUAAAGCACUACCUGAGAAAAAGAAGAAGAAAUAUAGUGACAUGGCAGCUGUCCAGAGGAAGGAAUAUGAUGAAAAGAUGAUUCAAUUCUACCAAGAACAUCCUGGUCUUAUUCCUAAACAGGAAAAACAUGAUUCAAGAUCUGUACUUGGUCCAAAGAAACCUUUGCCACCAUUUAAGCUAUUUCUUGAGGACAAAUUGAAACGACACAAGAAUGAUCCUGGUUUUGACAAAAGUGGCUUUGUUGAAAAAUGUAAAGAGCAGUGGAAAAAUAUGCCAGACAAAAAGAAGGUGAUUUGGAUUAAUUGGGCCUGUGAAGAGGAGGCCCGAUACACAGAAGAGCUCAAAGCUUACAUGUCCCAAAAUCCUGAGUUUGUUCCAGGCAAUGUUAAGAAUGUUCUAACAAAAGAGGAGAAGACACUCCGUGAGAGCCUUUUUUCACGACUUAUGUUGGCCAGUGAUCAUAUGAAAGAUUUCUCUCCAAAACAGCGAAUGAUAGAGAUAUCUCGAAUGUGGAAAAAUUUACAAGAUACUCAGAAAAAGAAAUACCAAGAGCGAGUGAAUCAUAUGUUGGAUCAAUAUAAACUGGAAUAUGCUACAUACCUUGAAUCUCUUCCUGAAGACAAACGUCAAGAGGAGUUGCAGAGUAACCUGCCAAAAGCUAGAAAGAAUGUUAAACCAAAAGUGGCAGAGGUUGUUGAAGGGAAGAAGCCCACAAGAACAAAAAGUAGUAAGCAUCCAAAGAAUGAAACUUCUGGAUUGUAUAAAGGAGAACCAGAACCUCCACCAAGGAAUGAGUAUCAUCUUUUCGUUAAGGCAUUGCUUCAAGACAAAAGUCAAAGUUACUCAGAAAAAGAAGCUCCUAAAUUGUGGCAAAUGUUGCCAGAUGCUGAUAAAGCAAAAUACCGUAAAAAGCUCUCUGAAAUAAAGACAAAAUACAUUCAAGAUUAUGAGAAAUUUCUAAAUAGCCUGUCGCAAGAAGAACUGAAGGAAUAUUCUGCAAGAAAAGAAAGUUCUAAGAAAGAACAUGCUGAUGUCUCAGAUGGUUCGGCCAAAGAUGAUGACAGCAGUAGUAGUGACGAUAGUGAUGACGAGGAUGAUGAUGAAGAAGAGGAGGAUCAGGAAUCUGGAUCAGAUGAUUCUUCUUCUGACAGUGAGAGCGGCUCUAGUGAUUCCAGUGAAUCAAAUGAUGGUGAUAGCAAGAACUCUGGUGACUCAUCAUCAACUAGUAUUCUUUAUAAU